UUUUUUUGGGCAUUUUUUCCGUGAGCUUUUUUUCCACGAUUCAUUUGCAUAUUUUAUUUUUAGCUAAAAAUUAUUUAUAUGUAUAGCUAUGUUAAUCUUCAAACUGUUUUUCCUUUGCAGAUGUAUUUGAUUUGCCAAAUGAUCAUUCAAUGGUACUCGCAAGACCAGGACAAACAACUUAUUUUCAUGAAAAAAUCCCAGCUUUUGACAUAAAAUACAUUGAAGAUUGUUUUAAAAUCAAAGGCUAUCCUGAUCCAACCAAAUAUUUAAUUAAAAACACAAGUUCUGGAAAUUAUACAAAAAAUGAUAUAUUCGAUUGUUGGGUGUAUCAAAAUAAAUCGUGGUCUGAUUUAAUCUCAAUUCCAGAAAACAAAAAUAUUAUUUGUAAAGUUGCAGCACCAUGGUCAUCUGCUAAUUCUAUUUCUCAAGUCACAAGCUCUAACGAAGAUCUUGAUGAUAUUGAGUUUGGUUCUCAAACACAGACGGCUUCUUCAUAUAAAAACACAAGAAUGGCCUAAUUUAGUUUAAAUAUUGAAGAAUAAGGUCAAGAAAGAAGCAAUAAAAUCGAAAUUCAAUGAAGAUUAUCCACAAAUUUAAUUAGCUACAAAAUGUGUAAUAACAUACAUGGUAUAAAUAAAUAAUAACAACAAAAAACUUAUAUAAAAUAUGAUAUGAUUUGGCUGUUUUGCGCUUUUUUCUAUCUCAAUAAAAUUCAAAUGUUUGUCUAUGA